GCGGAUGCAUUUCCUGGUCCUCUUGGGAUGCUGUCUCCUGCUGGAAGAGUCUCCGCCGCGGGGGAAAAAGAGUGAACCGGGAAGCGUCGCCAAGGCGCAGGAGCGAGGCGUAGCACGUGCAAUACAAACACAGGACUUUCUUCGUAGUCUGUUCCUUCCGGCGCUUAAUUUUCGUGCCAUAUGGAUCUGGGAGGCGCUUAUGAGUUCUUCUGAUUGGCCAGCUUCGCCAGCGAUGGCUUUGUUUUGGCGGCAGUUGUCCUUCCGGCAAAGGCUUCCUGAUUGACGGGAAGAGCUCCUUGAAUGGCUCAUUUGACCUACCAUCCCAAAUUGGUGUCAUCUCUGGGGAGAAAAAGACUGCCUAUAGGCUGAGAUGGCAUUGAGGAGCUUGGGUGUUGUAAACAGGUUUUUUAGGAGAAAAGGGGGUGCUUUUACUUUGAAACUUUUGUGGUUUGCACUUUCCGUAUUUGUCUUUUGUGAAUUUUUAAUUUAUUACAUAGUCAUCAUUCAAUGUCACUGGCCACAACUGAAAGGUCAGUCUCCACGGGCUGCUGGCCAGAAGAUGGAUCUUGUCUUGAAAGCAAUGUUUUUAGCAGAUCCUCAUCUGCUUGGUGAGAUCAACGGACACUGGUUGGACAAGCUGAGGAGAGAAUGGCAAAUGGAGAGAGCUUUCCAAACCGCCCUCUGGUUUCUGCAGCCAGAAAUAGUUUUUAUUCUUGGAGAUGUCUUUGAUGAGGGAAAGUGGAGCUCUUUGCAGGCCUGGUCAGAUGAUGUAAGGCGCUUUCAGAAAAUGUUUAGGCAUCCAGCCCAAACCGAACUAAUUGUGAUCGUUGGCAAUCAUGACAUUGGCUUUCAUUAUGAAAUGACUGCAUUCAAACUGGAACGCUUUUCUAAAGUUUUCAACUCUUCUGAAAGGUUGAUAACUCGAAAAGGGAUAAACUUUGUCCUGGUGAACAGUGUUGCACUGGAAGGUGAUGGCUGCAUGAUUUGCAAAAAUGCAGAGACAAAGCUAAUGGAACUCUCCCACAAACUCAACUGCUCACUGCAGGAACAAAAUCAGAACAGGAAAAGGUGCCACGACGUGGACAGACUUCCAUCUUCAGCUCCAAUUUUGUUACAGCAUUAUCCUUUGUAUAGAAGAAGUGACUCAAAAUGUACAGGGGAGGAUUCUGCUCCUCUGGAGGAAAAGAAUGACCUUUUUAGAGAGAGGUAUGACGUGGUUUCUCAGGAAGCUUCCCAAAAGUUGCUGUGGUGGUUUCGUCCUCGCCUAAUCCUGAGUGGACAUACCCACAGUGCCUGCGAAGUGUUGCAUAAUGGGAGAGUCUCAGAAAUCAGCGUUCCCUCGUUCAGCUGGAGGAACAGAAACAAUCCUAGUUUCAUAAUGAAGGGGAUUCUUGCUGUUUUUCAACUACACCAAAACAGCAGUGAAAAUGAGAUCUCAGGGAUCUGGAUCUGCCUGUUGCUGGGUGCCCUUGCUCGCCAGAAAGCAAGAGUGCAUUUACCUUUGGCAAGUUGGUGUCAUUUUAUUUCUGACAGUACUUCAGUGUUUCAAUACUCAAGAGUCCAUUUUGGAAAAUGCAGAAGGCUGUGGAGGAAGGAAUGAGGUAUAAGUCCGAGUUUAGACUACUCACUGGAGGAAAAAAAAUCUACAAUCCAAGCUCCAAACUUCUGCUCGUUACUAUAUACAUUAUUGUACUACAUAUAAACAGAACUGCAUGCAUCUUACAAGCACAGACUAAUAUUAUAGUCCAAGCAGUUGCAUAUUUGUCUGCCUAGAAUAGUGGUAUAAGUAAUAGUGGGAAAGAUAUUUUACUUUAUUAUUUACAAGGUCAGCUAAAGGGACUUUACUUAUUUCAUUUUCAAAUUGUACCAUGCAUGAUUCUUUGUUCUUUUGAGAGCUGCUCUUUUAUGGUGGAUCCUUUCAGAGAAAAACUGAAGAAAUGGUCACUACAGACAUAAACACCCAAUCAAUUGUGCCUGAUUACUAUACUUAAGCAGGCACUUCAUUAAUUCAAAAUUACACAACAGAGAAGGCAGAUAUUUUUGUAACUCUGAACUUUGGUUAAAACAUCCUGGCCCAUUAUAUUGCUCCGGCCAAUUUGCUGAAUUAAAGGAAAAGUGAUGUUAGAUGCUAUCAUUGAGGCAUUUCAAUAAUUUACAGGAAAUACAUUGUGUACUGAGCCUCUAGACUGUUUUGUUGUGGUUGUUUUAUGUGAACCUCAAAGCCCUCUUUUUAAGGAAAAAUAAUGAAAUAGGGAGACAACCUAAAACAAUAUACCCUUUCUCCAGAUGUAAGUCUAGAAAUGUCAGUCUAGAAAUCAACCCAAAAAAACCUGAUCAAUUUAUCCAUAGUACUGUACCCCAAUUCUUAUCCAAAAAGAAGCAUCCCCUUAUCUGGGUAGAGUGCUGAAAGGAAAAAGCUUAUUUCAUCCCAGGAGAAACUAUAAAAGAAGCACUUAUCCCCUCUACGUUCUUUUUUUAAAAAACGUUUGUCAAAAGUAUUCAUAUUCAUUCACAUUCAUCUAAAAAUUCAAUGUGAAUUAGUGCCAGUAUUUUGAUAAAGAGAAUUCAAUAUUCAUAACAAAGCCUUGGCUACUAAGUGGAACACUUUUCAAUACUAAUGUGGAUUCUAGCCAUCUCUGAAACAUUGUACUGCCUUCCACAUGUACCAUGCUCGCUGGAACAAUCCAUCCCACAACCCUAAAACGAAUACUUUGACAAAUGUAAACUUUUCUUCCCAAUCUUAAAUCUACCAGGGACAAUAAAUCAGAGAAAAGAAAGAAGGAAAACGUUGGACAAUUGUUCAUUUUGUAGAGAUAGAAAUAUCCUAAUUAUGUUAGCAAUGCAACUGGCUUCAUACGGUACUACAGCAGUUGAAAAUAACCAGUGGAGAUCUCUUACGCUUUUCCUCAUGAUAAUCUACCAAAUAGGAAUAUGUCUGAGAUUGCUUUCACUAUGAGAAGAACAACAUAAUAACAACUCCAUCUCUGGAUUUCCCUAUAACACACACUCACACACAAACAUGUUUUGUUAUAUGGAUACGAAAGCUGGUCUGAUCUUUUCAUAGAAUAUGUUUAGCACCUUUGCAUGGAAAUUGACAGGGUAUAGAAAUAUUUAUUUUUGUCUCACUUUUCUUUUAUAGGUCAUUAAGUGAGCAAUAAUCUCAAUUAGAUGAUUGGUAACAUUUUCUAGCAAAUGCAAGCAAUCUCAAAUUUCUGUCAUUCAUAACAAACUCAUCUUUAUACAAAAUUAAUAAGUGCUCAUAACACCAUACUUUUAUUAUUGCCUGCCAGAACUGCUAUAACACAGUCCUAUCUUGUAUGUAGGAAAAGAACUGAGACCAUGGUUAUGUCCACUCACAUGAAUGUGUUUGGCCAUUUCACUAAAACUUUUCAAAUAAGUCUUAUUGCAAUAAACAAGCAUACUGUACAUCAUGAAA